AUGCUGCUUCGCUCAACCACAAGAUGCUGCUCCCGUAUAAGGACACAGAGACUGCUCACUCUGUUCAUAGAGGCUCGUCGACAUGGUCACUUUCAUGCUUUGGGAAACAAACCCCAUAAAAGUGCUGAGGAACGUUUGGCUAUAUCUGUUGGACCUUUAUACGAACUGAUUGAAAAACAAAAGCUAAAUGUUAAAUCUCCAGAUAGUUGUGGGAAUACAUUAUACUCACUAAAGAAUUUCUAUGAAGAAAAUAUUGCAGUUAUUGAAACAGAAGAAUUACUUGCUAAAUUUCUUUCCAUAAUAAGAUCAAAAUUAGAAUCUCAUCAAUCUAUAACAAACGGUUAUUUUUUCCAAUUAAUACAUAUAGUGAAAAAGCAUAAUCUCCUUCAAGCGAAAUUUUAUCAUCAACUGUUAUUUGAUUUGGCUAUUUAUAUGGUGGAAGUUGAUAAUGAGAAUGCACCAAUAGAUGUUCAAAUCUUGGAGAUGGUUUCAAAUUCAUUAAUAUUUUCAAAAUUUUUGAAAGAUCCAAAGUCUAAAAAUUUUGCAAAUUUGAUUAAUUAUAGUAUAAUGAUUCAAAAAUUGAAUGAACAAAAAUAUUUUGAAGAAUUAGCACCAAAAUUAGUUUUCCAAAUUGUUUAUACCCCAUUUUUAAGACAAUUGAAUAAAGAACAAUAUGUUCUACGAACCAUCAAUUUAUCAAAUGCUUUGGAUUUUGUUCGUUAUUAUGAAAGUCAUCCACAUGUUUAUAGACAUUUAUUGAAAAUGAUCAAACCAGAUAUUAUCACAUCUUUGGAAUGGGCUAUUGCAGCAGAUGAUAUUCCCAAAAUUAAAGAAUUAUGGAGAUUUUAUAUCAAAAAUUAUGAAUAUUUGAUAAGUGAAGAUUUCCAAACUUUAUUAUAUCAAAGUAUUGAGAAUGGGAAUGCUAUAAUGCUUGGUCGUUUAUUAUUAAAACGUUGGAACUUUAGAAAUAGUAAACCAAAAUUUUCUAAAAUUGCUCAAAGGCAAGUUGCUUCAAUUUUGUUGAAUCAUGGAGAUUAUGAUGGUUUUUACAACUUUUUUGAAUUAUCAGAAGAUUGUCCAGUUUGGGAAAGAUCUUGUUUAAUUGAACCAUUUUUGGAUUCAGUAACUCUAAUUGAUUAUUUCAAAUUAAUUAAUGAAGUUACAAGAUCUGAUGAAGUGUUAUUAUCAAAAGAUUUUGAUUAUUUAGUUUCAUCCUUUUAUUCUGAGCUUAGAAAGAGAAACGCAAAAUUAACUCUCGUUCAAAUUGAAAAUUUGGUGAAUGAGACGAUAUUACAAUCCAAAGAUCUUGAAAACAAUGUGAAGUCACUUUAUAUCAACUGUUUCUUAAAAGCAUUGGCAAUGAAAACAAACAUAAGUGGUGUGAUUCAUGGUUAUUGUCAACUUCCUGUCCAACUUUUCACAAAAGAAACUUUUAAAAUUUUGCUAAACACAUUUACAGCAGAUCCAUUGCAUUGUUCCAAAAGAACUUCUGAAUUGUUUAGGUUUGCCUCAAACAAUUUGGAAAUACAAUUCACAAUCCAAGAGUAUAAUAUGAUUAUUAGAAAUACAGUUGAUAAUGAUGAGUUUGUCGACUUUCAUCAAAUAUACUAUUAUUAUUAUCAAUAUCUGAAAAGAAAUGAUGUUUCAUUUCUACCUCAAAGAUUGAUUGAUUUAGUUUUGACCAAUAAACAAGCUAAGAAACGAUAUAAACGUUUGGAAUUGACUGAUGAUCUUGAUGAACUUUUAGAAGGUAAAUUUACUUGUUUGGCAACUAUUAUCAAAGCUAAUGAAAAACAAUAUACUCAAACCCCUUUGGAAAUUCUGGAAUUAGUUAUUAAUAAAAUUGGAGCAGACCAGCUCAAAGCUUUAGGAGUUGAUCUUUUUUCAAAAUCUGUUGAAAAUUACUAUCUAGAAGAUUAUGAACCAUCUGACACAUCAGAAACUGAAUUUGAUCAUUAUGAUCAUAUUGAUGCUAAAAAAUUGAAAAUGAAGCAUAGAAUUUCCAUUCAAAAUUUCAUAGAGAAUGGACCUCAGAAUAUUGAUGGACAGGUUUUGAAAGUCGGAUCGACAUUUCUACAAGAACUGGAAACAGAUGAUGCCAUGUUUACUGAAAAUUUUGAAUCAAUUGAUGAGGAAGAUGCUAAAAUUAUUGAAGAAUCAUUUGAUGAUAUUCGUGAUCCAAUUGAUGAACCCCAUGAUCCAGCUAGUGAGACUCAUGAUCCAUCUGGUGAGACUCAUGAUUUAAUUGAUGGGACUCAUGAUCCAGUUGGUGAGACUCGUGAUCCAUCUUGUGAAGCCCAUGAUCCAGUUGAUGAAACCCAUGAUUUAGUUGGUGAGACUCAUGAUCCAGUUGGUGAGACUCAUGAUCCAGUUGGUGAGACUCGUGAUCCAUCUAGUGAAGCCCAUGAUCCAGUUGAUGAAACUCAUGAUCUAGUCGGUGAGACUCAUGACCCAGUUGAUGAACCCCGUGAUCCAAUUGAUGAACCCCAUGAUCCAGUUGGUGAGACUCGUGAUCCAUCUAGUGAAGCCCAUGAUCCAGUUGAUGAAACUCAUGAUCUAGUCGGUGAGACUCAUGACCCAGUUGAUGAACCCCGUGAUCCAAUUGAUGAACCCCAUGAUCUAGCUGAUAAAACCCAUGAUCCAGAUGAACAAAAUCUCACUCAAGAGAAAUAA